AUGGCACACACCCGCAUCUCCUGUCCCAUCGACAGAAGCCGCGAAGGUACGUACCGCGCAACUGGGACUGGAUCGGGUCUGAUCGAAGGCUUCUUUAGAUGGCCUCUAGUCUUCCGAUUCAUCAAAGGCGCCAUCCACGGCGCCAUCAUCGUGCCCGUACUCUUCCACGCACUGUUCACGGCCUUCGUCGUCUAUCUAGAUCUGUACAUUUUUGAUACCGUCGGACUACCCAGUAGCAUUAUCCCCUCUCUCUCAAUAGUGGUGGGCCUCAUGCUCGUCUUCCGCAACCAAACCAGCUACAACCGCUUCUGGGACGGCCGCAGCAGCCUCACAACCCUAACAACCUGCAUUCGCAACCUGGUGCGUACCAUCCUCACCAACGGCUACAGCACCUCGCGUCCCCUCCGCCAAGACGAAAAGGAAGACAUUGAACGCACCAUCCGCAUCCUCAUGGCCAUACCUUACGCUGUGAAAAACCACCUCCGCGCCGAAUAUGGCGCUGCCUUCUACUCCUUUGGGGACGACGUCGGCGAGGACGGAGUCGCGGCAUAUAACCCCGACUACGCGAAUCUGCUCCCCAAGGGACUCGAGGGUCACGAGGAUGAAGGGUUAACGCUGCCGUUCCAAUUAAGUUUCUUCAUAGAUGGUUUCAUCAAGAGGGGUGUAGAGAGGGGCUGGUAUCAUGCGCCUGGGGCGAGUCAGAUGCAGGCGCAGUUGAAUUCGUUGUUGGAUGCGGUGGGGAAGAUGGAGAUGAUUCGGUUGACGCCUAUUCCUGUUGCGCAUUUGAUUCACCAAAAACAAGUCCUGGCUCUCUUUGGCUGCGUCCUGCCCUUCGGAAUGGUGGAUGAUCUGGGCUGGUGGACUGUUCCCAUUGUCAGUCUGGUUAUUUUCACAUUAUACGGAAUCGAAGGGAUCGGAUCACAACUGGAAGAUCCGUUCGGAUACGACCGAAACGAUAUCAAGAUGGAUGCGAUUGUUGGGGACUCCAAGAUGGAGAUCGACGUGGUGUUAUCGGAGUGGCGGAAGUUGAUGUCGUUCGUGGAAGCGGAGACACCAAGGACUGAGAGCCGAUGUGUCGAAGAUCAUAGCGACCGGGAUAUCGAGAAGUAA